AUGCUUUACGGAGGGAUGAAGGAAAGUGAUGAAGGCGAAAUCGUACUUGAAGAGACUAAUGUUUUCGCGUUUCGUAUUCUUCUGAGGUAUAUUUACACUGCUAAGCUCACUUUGCUCGAGUAUAAGGAAGAACAAGUUAUGGAAAUUCUCGGUCUCGCUCACAAGUACGGUUUCGUUGAGCUUCAAAAUGCUAUCGCCGAUUAUUUAAAGGCUAUAUUGAACAACAAAAACCUUUGCACUAUUUUCAACAUUUCCCAGUUGUAUUUCCUAAACGAUCUCACCGAGUAUUGUCUUGUAUUUGCGGAUCAAAACGCCUCAGAAGUACUCACAACGCAGGGGUUUCUGCAAUUAUCUAUCAAUGCAGUCACACAACUUAUUGCUCGCGACUCAUUUUGUGCUUCGGAGAUCGACAUCUUUUGUGCGAUACGUGAAUGGGUGAAGGCACGACCAGAAAUGCAGGCAGCUGCUGUCGAGAUGCUCAUGAAAUGCCUACGACUUUCUCUAAUCAGCCAAAGAGAUCUUCUUAACAUAGUGCGUCCAUCGGGUCUUUUUGCUCCAGAUACAAUACUGGAUGCGAUUGAAGAACAAGACAAGAAACGCACCACUGAUCUAACUUACCGUGGUUUCUUGAGAAUCCCUCAAGAUGGAGAUCGUGGACUCACUCGACAUGCAAUUGGUGAUGAGGAAGGGAUAAUUGUCCAACUUGGUCGGCCGUACAUAAUCAACAAAAUAGUGCUCCAGCUAUUUGAUCGCGAAACCAGAAUGUAUUCGUACUACGUGGAGAUCAGCAUGGAUCGACGUGACUGGGUACGUGUAAUUGACCAUACAAAAUACCUAUGCCGCUCUUGGCAAACCUUAUACUUCCACUCACGUGUUGUUAGAUAUAUACGGGUUGUUGGCACUCAUAACUCGCAAUCAAAUCGAAUGUUCCAUUUGGUUAGUCUAGAGGCGUUGAAUUCAUCAGACGAGUUUACCAUUGAUCCAAAGACGACACUACUUAUUCCUACCACAAACGUAGCCACUAUUGAAAAUAAUGCCCUUGUCAUAGAGGGAGUGUCAAGGUGCAGAAAUGCUCUUCUCAACGGCCAGAAUUCUGACUACGAUUGGGAUAAUGGUUAUACGUGUCAUCAGCUGAACAGUGGAGCAAUUACUGUUCAGUUACCACAACCAUACUUGAUUAGUACCAUGAGAUUGCUUCUGUGGGAUUGCGAUGAUCGAUACUAUUCGUACUACGUCGAAGUUUCAGUCGAUCAAAUCAACUGGAUAAAAGUUAUUGAUCGAAGGAUCAAGCAGUGCAGAAGCUGGCAACUUUUGGAACUCGCUGCGGCCGUUCCUGUGGUGUUUGUGAAGAUUGUCGGAACUCAUAAUUCGGCUAAUGAGGUAUUCCAUUGUGUUCACUUCGAAUGUCCAGCUGAUCCACACGCUCCACCCCCGGAUGACCGAUCAGUUUUGCCGAAAGAUGUGCUGCUCAGCGAAGAGAUGGAACAGUAG